AUGCUGUAUGACCAGCUGCCUCCUCUAAAGAAUCUGCACCACAGCUUGGAGUUGAUGUCGCAGGACUGCUCCAACUUAUUUGCUGCUCCCAAGACAGGCCUUCUAAUCUCUGUGGUGAAGCAGCAGCAGCAACAGCAGCAGAAGCAGCAGCAGCAGCGAUGGCAACCACAGCAGCAGCAGUAG